AUGACCAUCAUCCUCUACUUCCUAACGGCCUUGGUCCGCUGGAUCCGGUUGAAGAUCUACCAGUACGAGGUGACCUUUGCAAUCUACAUGCUCACCCCGACGGAAAAAAUCAUCUUCAACUCCCUCCUUCUCACCCUCGUCACCAUGAUCGCUACCGGCAUCUACAUCUACCUGCCCGAUCACCUCCGUUCCAUCUACGGCCACCUGUACUACUACUGGGCCGGCGAGCGCCCGCUCAUGGUCACCCGCUUCGCAUCCAUCAAUUCCGUAUUCGGGGAGACGGCGACACAGAAUUUGAAAGUUGUGUACGAGACGGCGAAGAACGCUGCUGCCGCCGCUGCGGCUAAUACCGCCCCCGCGGAGCAUUUCGUCGGCGGCGAGCUGUGA